AUGAAUUAAGUUGAACCUUUUGGCAUUAGAGUAAUACCUAUUAAGUGGGUGUUAAAAUUUGAGCCACCCAUUAUAGGGUUGGUUUACAAGCAGCAUCAAAAGGAGAAGAAAAAGCAUCUUUACUAGAUUUCAUUGAAUAAUCUGAUAUUUUUGACAAAUCCAGAGGACAUUGUGAAUCAAAUAAUUUAUGAACAUCCUGCUUAUUUGAAUAGGAAAUUCAUAAAACAUGAGCAAGUAAUUGGGUCUGUUGUUAUGAACCUAGUUGAUCGGAUUAGUGCGUAAAUUGCUAGAUUAUAAAAGUCAGAAGUUAUAGGAAAUGGUAGAGUUUAUGGAGGAUCAUUUGGUUGA